AUGAAAGAAUUUUUAGUCCAACACAAAUUAUAUUGGGAGAUCAAAUCUAGAAGAGAUUCAACUACAGCAGAUUUAAAUAACCCCCGUGUUGAGUCACCUGGAUCAAGUCAUCAUAGUGGAGAUGGUGGAAAUGAGCCAAUGCCAUCUGACUCAAACUUCAAUUACAUUCAAUUUUAUACCUUAUAUUUGCCUAUUUUAUAUGCCUCAACUAUAUCGGAAUUUGAAGAAUAUGACAAUUUGUUAUUAAAUCAGGAGAUUCACAAAUACCUCAUGGGGUUCAAGAUUUGUAAAAAAUACUACAACUUCCCCGAGGGCAUAAAAACUAUUCCUUUGUUAUUGGGCAAUGUGAUUAUUCAAAGUACUUCACCCAAUCCAUCAACAAUGGAAAUGGCACAAAUUAUUAGAUAUGCCAAAUUUUUGCAUUUCCAUAAAGAUCCAUGGAUAACAUUAAGAAUAAAGGAUCCAGAAAUCAUUAAAUUCAGAAGAUUAUUGUGGUGGGUCAUAUUUGGAUUAGAUGCUUUAUCUUCCCACAAUUUUUGUUUGCCACCAAACUGUCGUAGUGAUGAUUUCAAUGUAUUGAUGCCAGACGAAGAAGAAUUCAUUGGAGGCGAGAAGAAACUAAACGUUUCAAUCGUUUCCAUGAAUAUCAAGUUUGGCUAUGAUAUACUAUUGAGCGAAAUCGUUUAUCACUUACACAACGGUUUGUGUGUCAACAUCAAUUGUCAUCAGAUCAACCAACUAAAACAAUCAAUAUUAAGCUAUCAAGAACAAAUCAAGAAAUAUAUAUCGAAAAUGGAUAAAUAUUUUCAACUGAAACAAAUUUUCGCAGAUACUCUCAACCACAGCCCUAUCCAAUUACUAAAUGUUGUGAAUUUUGUGAAAAUUCAUUCCUGGAGUUUUCUAGAUAGGGCUUUAAUGCUAUUGCAUAAAAAAAUCCUUCUUGGUACUCCAAAGAACCAUAAUCAUAAUGAUGAAAUUGAAAAUGAAAUUGUCCAAUUGGGGUUAAAGGAGCCGGUGAUGCAAAUCAGGGCAAAUGAAAAUCCGUUAUCAUUAUGUAAAUUUGAAGAUACUUAUGGUCAGAUAUUAGAAGCCAAUAUAAUUACCAAUUUUAAUAAUUCAUCUAUAUCCCUAUUGAAAUUUGGCGAUUUCGAGAAUUUUAGUUAUGGCGAUUUGGCCAACAAUUUGAUACCAUCUAUCUUACACAACUUUAAUGAUUUCUUGCUCUAUAAUGACUUCAUCAAAUUUGGGAAGUUCAACUGGUUCAUCAAAAGAACCAUUCCAAUCGAUUCGGUCAUUUUGUUAAUGAUAAUUAUUAGCGUUAAAUUCAAAUACCAGUUUAUCACGACGGAAGAAUUGAGCACUUAUAAAAAUCUCAUUAACAGUGUCAUGUAUAUUAUCAACAGAAAAUGGUUUAAAAAUGAAAAAUACAAAAGGAUGUUGAGUCUCACGAAUAUGACCUGGGAAUAUCUUUUGAAAAAAUUUGAUGUAAAUGAUGUUAUUGCUUUUGACGUAAAGAAUUCUGAGGGUGCAAAAGAUUUAGUGUCAGUAAAUAUUAUGGACACACUGCAAUUGAAGGAGAAAAUUUUGUAUGAUUUGCGACACAAUUUUAUUGAUGUUGUUGAUUAUUGCAGUUUUUAUUCAAGUUUGGAAAAUUUAUUGAAUGAAUUGAUUAAAUAUAUAGAGAGUAAAUAA